UUUAGCCUCGGGUCACGUGAUCACGCACUUCCCUGGCAAACCUCGAUCUCGUAGCUUCCUAUUUGGUUUGCAGCAGUUCGAUCAUGACAGGCUGUUGCCACCAACCUGACGGAAUCAUUUCGUGAAGACCACCAUUUCGCUCCGUCGCUAACAAUCGAAGGAGGAGGGUCGCCGUGCCGACUGCAGGGUAACGACAGUUGAACCCUGACCUUCACCCUACAACCCCACUUCUCGCCUCAGCAACUCCCACUGACGUCACGCUCGCGCUGGGCCCAUAAAUACGAGACUGCUAGGGGUCAGCUAGUAAGUGCUUGUGGGUGUUACGGGUGAGGACUGAACGGUUUGGUAGAGGCAAGUUGAUUUCUUCUUCCAUGGCUCUGGAAAAUUCUGAUCCUGGCUACGUUGAUGCCCAUUUUCACAUCUGGGAUCUGUCCAAGUUCUCGUACCCAUGGCCGACAGAGAACGAAGCCGAGAUCUUCCGGAACUUUGGGCCGGAGGACCUGAGGGCGGCCAUGCAAGGAAGCCACGUCAGACACUGCGUCUUUGUACAAUGUCUCAAUGACUGCAUUAGAGGAAGCAUUGUGGAUGUGCCAAGAAGCAGACAAACACAGCUUCAUCAAGGGAAUUGUCGCUGGUAUUGACAUCACGAGCGACAAACUUAACGCCACACUGAACAUCCUGACUGGACAUCCUCGUAUUGUUGGCAUCAGACACAUUCUGGACCUCGAGCCGGACAAAGAGUGGCUGGCAAGGGAGGCAACUAUAAAAGGUCUGGAAGUGCUUCAAGAACGAGGCCUGACCUUCGACUUGCUUUUGAGGCCUCAUUCAAUGCACUUCAUCCCUGAGCUUUCUAGGAAACUCCCACGAUUGAAAAUGGUUGUUGACCACUUGGCAAAACCUUACAUCAAAGACGGACUGAUCGAAAAAUGGGCAGAAGACAUGACUACAAUAGCUCAAAACCCCAAUAUAUUCUGUAAACUGUCUGGAAUGGUUACCGAAGCUGACCUUAAAGCUUGGAAAGAAAAGGACUUUGAACCUUAUGUCAAGCACGUCCUCAACUGCUUUGGUCCUGAACGAUGCAUGUUCGGCUCUGAUUGGCCAGUUUGUGGACUGGCCGGUGCUACGUACAGUGACGUGUUCAACAUGAUGCUGCGAUUGGUCAGCAAGCUGUCUCCUGGCAACGAGGCAGCCAUUUUUAGAGACAACGCCGUGCGGUUCUACGGCCUCAAGAUCUGAUUCCUGCGCAUGUCUGUGAUUGCCUGCUGUGACGUGAUUGGCUGAACGUGUGUUGUAUGCGUGUGACUGUUGGGGACAGUUUUACAUUCGCAAACUUCUUUUUUUAAUACUCCCGUGAUGGAAUGUAAAUGCACAAAAGAGUGAUAACUCUCAUUGGUAUUUUGUAUUGGGAUUAUAAUAAAAUUAACAAUGAAAGCA